UGGAGCUGUGAAAUCGCGCUGAUGGUCUGUCACAUUAUUCUCACUGACACCGUCUGAGCGCAGGAGCACCACGCCAAAGACCAGCUCCAAAACACUUCACAACACACAGCUCCGGUGUUUUUAACCUGUAAGUGUUUUCUGGCGUGGAAUCGGAGAGGAGGAAGCGAGAGAGGGGGACUCAUACAAGCUGAAAGGAAAUGCCAAUCGCCUCAACUGGUCAUUCAGUGUCUCGAGAGCCCCGCGUCUGUUCCCCGGACCCCGUUCCCAAGCGUGCUGAUUUAUGCGAGGACGUAGGGGCCCAGCCAGCGGAAUACGAGGGUUCAGAGGGGGACCACAGCUUUGGCCGCACUAGACUCUCUGGAGCGCUUGAGAGCUCCUCUGCGGCGUCUCAUUCCCCUCCCACUUCCUCUUUCCUCCACCACCACCAUCAUCAUCAUAAUCACCCCCAUCCAGUGACUAUGGAGCCCCCCAGGACUCGAUCACGCUCGCGGUCUGGAUUUUACCAUGGUGGAUUAUCUAACCCAAAUGGUAAUGCUGGGAGUGGUGGCGGUGCGUUAAGUCCAGCUGGAGGAAUAAUCCACCAUCAACAUCAGCUCGGAGCUGCUCAUGGACACACCGAAAACCUGCGCCCACCCGGAAACACGCUUUCCCCAGGCUCCCACAGACACACAGGGCCUGGAACGCACAGAAACUCAGGAGCAGGUGCGAUGGGAGGAGUAUACCACUAUCAUUCAGAGCAUGCCUGUGCAGACGCCACUGACAAGACGGAGGAUUCUCCUAGUCCGAAGAGACCGCGUCUUUCCCAGCAGUCUGUACUGGAGUUUACCUCUGCCCCUCCUUCCACUCCCUCGCCGCCAAUCAGACCAUGGGAGCUUCCGCCCAGUCGCAGGCCACACCCCUAUCCCCACCCACACUACCACCCCGAGCGCUGCCACACACCUGCACGGCACAGACGCAGUCCUCCAGUGCGGCGUCAGCGUGGUCGACGAGAGCGUCUGUCACGGCAUCACCCCCCUCAUGGUUCCCCAGGUGGGGGGCAGGAUGAAAACUACCGCCACCCUCCUCACCCACAUUCGCUUCAUCCCUAUGGCCAGCCACCGUCCCACCCUCCACCCGGCCUUGAUGAGCCCCGGGCCUUUCACCCCCCCACGCUCUCGCCCCGGUUGUUGCACCCUCCACAGCAGGGCGCCAUGGUGAUGGACCUCCAUGAGCAGCUCCCUCAGGGUACGGUGCCGGUGUCAUAUACGGUUUCUCCAGUGCCGCCCCAUGGUCUACCUGCCCCCCUGUGUACAGGACAGCAUCUCCCAGCAUGCUCUUCCCAACAGCAGGUGCCUGCCUGUUCUGUGGUCUUCAGCGGACAGCAACACUAUCCAAUCUGUAGCGUACCGCCUCCUAUGUUGCCGGCAUGUUCUGUGCAGCAUUUGCCAGUGCCGUAUGCCGCGUUUCCUUCUCUUCUCUCUAGUGAUCCACCCUUCCUGCUUCAUCCUCCACAUCUGUCUCAUCAUCCGCCACACCUGCCCACUCCUGGACAGUUCUUACCUUUCCAGACACAACAGUCUCGAUCUCCGCUGCAGAGGAUAGAGAAUGAGGUGGAGUUGUUGGGGGAUCACCUGUCUGUAGGUGGAGGGUUUAACUAUCCUCACUCGGGGCAUCCUAGUCCUCUGCCCCCUUCCACUCCACUGCAGUUCCUCUCCCAUGAACCCCUGCCACAGGAGCUCUUUGGAAUGCCCUAUCCACACUUCAUGCCUCGACGAAUCACAGGCAGGCGCUACCGCUCCCAGCAGGCCGUACCUCCUCCUCCUUACCACCCAAGUCUGCUGCCCUACUUCCUAUCUGUUCUUCCAGUCCAGCCAACAGCAGUGGGUCCCACCAUUAGCUUAGAGCUGGAUGUCGAUGAUGGAGAGGUUGAGAAUUAUGAGGCCCUGUUAAACCUUGCCGAGCGUCUCGGAGAAGCGAAGCCUAGAGGUUUGACAAAGGCCGACAUCGAACAGCUGCCUUCCUACAGAUUCAACCCCAGCAACCAUCAGUCUGAGCAGACUUUGUGUGUAGUGUGCAUGUGUGAUUUUGAGUCUCGUCAGCUGUUGAGAGUACUGCCCUGUAAUCAUGAAUUCCAUGCCAAGUGUGUCGAUAAAUGGCUUAAGGCUAACAGAACCUGUCCUAUUUGCCGAGCAGAUGCAUCUGAAGUCCAGCGGGAUUCUGAGUGAUGCUGCUCACUGAACACACACACACACACACAUACCACUAAACACUUCAGUCAUUCUCCUACUGUUACAUUCAAUUAACUUCCACAUGCAUAAUUACUCCUCACACACAAAAGACUGCUGCAAAAGAUUCAUGGAAACUUUAUGCAUCAGAAUCAUCGUUUGAUAUUUAUCUAUGAAUAUCCAACUAACUGAGACACAUUCACACGAACACACACACACAUCCCUUCGGUUUUUUUGAUCAUUCAUUCUUUGAGUGGAAGUCCAAAGAUAAUGGUUCAUUAUUAUCAUUCUGAUUAUGUUUUGGUUCUGAUUUAGUUUUUAGUUUUUUUUCUUAUAUAUAAAUAUAUAUAGUUUAGUUCUCCCCACGGUGAGUGGGGGGGGGAUGUUGGUAUGUUGAAGUCAGAGUGUGUGUGUGUGUGUUUGUGCACUAACAUUCCCAGCUAUGUGAGCACACUGUGGUGUGGUGGUCUUUUACGAAGGUUAAUGUUGUGAGCAUGGGCUUUUAUAUUUUACCAACAAAUAUAGCUAUAUAUAAAUGUGUACGUAUGUAUCAAUAUAGAGGGACAAAUUACAAAAUUCGUAAUUUUCUUUUUUUUUUUAAUAGGAAAAAAAAAUUAUGGAAGUCUGUCUUUUUCCAAAAAUGGAACAAAAGAUUGCAAAAGAUUCAAAUGAUAUCUAUUCAUAAAACGGGGCUUUUGGGUGGGUCUUGCUCAAUUAUGAAUUAAGUCUUUAUAGAAUUGGAAAACUGUGAGAUGUGUGUGUGUGUGCGCUUUUGUGUGUGUGAGAGAUUGUGUGUGUGAAUCAGUUGUUUGUUAUUUAUCCCAUAUGUGUGGUACAGAACACUGGCUUGAUGCUCUCAUUUUUAUUCUCGUCUGGGAUUGGCUGAGGAUGAGCACUGACAUGACCUGAUUGGUUUGGAGGGAGAAGUUCUUAUUCAAUGUAUCCUGCUGCAACCUUUUUUUUUCUUCAGUUUCCUCUUAUGCUUUUCAGUACUUUCAACUCAAUUAACCUUUUUUUAAAAAUUGUGUAUUCCCAAUCAAUAGCCAGUCCUGCAGACUGAUUAUGUAGACAGACCCCUACUUUUCUCAUUUAGCACUUAGGGCACCAUAUUUAAUUUAUUAUGAUUUGAUUAAAACCUGGUAUUCGCCUUAAAGGGAUAGUUCAUUUAGUUUUGCUCACCCUCCUGUAUGGUUUUCCUCCUUUUCAUGAAUACAGAAGAUAUUUUGAAGAACGUUGGUAACCAUACAGUUGCUGGUAGCCACUGACUUCCAUAGUAUUAUUAUUAUAAUUUUUUUUCAAAUCUAUGGAAGUGAAUGGCUACCAGCAACCGUUUGUUCACCAAUGUUCUUCAAAAUAUCUUCUUUUGUGCUCAACAGCUUAGAGAAACUCUUACAGGUUUGAAAUAACUUGAGGGUAAUUCCCAUUUAUAGUAAAUUAUGAUUCAAUUUACAGUUUUGGGGGGUGAACUAUCCCUCUAAGACUUGCAUUUUGUAAAAUAGCCAUCUUUUUAAACACAAACUAAAGUUUAAUUUCUGCAAAUUAUUCAUGCCAGUUAACCUUGCUGCAACCCACAUUACUCUCGACUUUACCAAAAUUAGCUGUCAUUUUUUUUUAUUUGGGUCGUCAUUUGAUUUCUUAUGCCUUAAAAUUGUGUGUACAUGCCUGUUUGAAGAGGAAUGAUUACAUCGUAGCAUUUCAGUUUCUUUCAAAAGGGGGAUGCACAGAGUUUUAAGUACCUUUCCUUUAUCCCUCAAAAGCUCUGGUCUUGGUAAAUGUUUAUGCUUUUUGCUCUUUCAUUGCCCUCGCUAUACAGUUAGCUAUUCUUUUUAAUACAGCCUCAAUAAGGCUGUUAUAGCCAUUCAUAUUCAUAUGUGCGUUACUUUAUAUUGGAUGCCUGAGAUGUGUUAUGACCUGGAGGGGUAUUUGUGUGUAUGAUUAUUUUCUGUCAUGCGCUGUUAUCAUUAUGAAUGGAUAUAACUGCCUCUGUGUCGCAUUAUGUAGGCUCUAUGACUGGUGUAGAAAGUGUCAUAUGAAUUGUGUGAUGUAGUCUCGGAGCCUGCAGUGUCUUAAUGAGAGAUGCCUUUAAACCAUUCUCCAGUGUUGUCCGCUUUAGUGUCAUAAGUUGAAUUCAUGACCAGAAAAUUCUUUGCAAACAACAAAUGUGCAUUACCUUACUUAACCAUUGGCGUUCUGUGUUCUAGAAGUUUUUUUUUUUUUUCCUGCUUGGUACAAUAGCAGUUACCUCAGUUUUACUAUUUAUGUUUUUCCCCUUAUUCUUUUGCUACACCAAUAAGAGAGCUUAUGAAUUCUCUUGCGUUUGUUUAUUGGUUGUUUUAAUUCUUCCCAUUAAAAAAUACAAUUGUAUCAUUUAACAUGUUGUAGUU